GGGUGUGAUCUUUAUUUUUUUAGUAUACCAGUUGUGUUCUUACAGGGGGGAAAUAGCAAACCACCUUUUAUUUUGGACUUUGUAAAAUCUUUUAGUGACGGUCAUUGGAUGAUGUGAUGUCAUCUGAGUCAGUAAGACGAUAGAGCUGUCUACUCGGGGGAGAUACCCUUGAACUUAAUGUCAAGCACAACAGGUCCAGUUAAUGAGAAUCAGUUGGAUUUACCCCGCUGUAUUACAAUGAUACGUUGCUUUAUUGUGUCUCCGUAUCACAAACAUGCCUGUUUUAAAAUUUGGAGCCAUCGUUACGGUACAAUAUCUCAACAAAGUUAAUUUCCAAUAUGGUUGCAAAGGUUGUUGUUGUACUGUUGCCUGUUGUCAUGUCCCCCCAGUGCCUGUAGUAGGCUUGUGCUGUGAGAAGCCUCACAUCCGACGACAAAACCAACACCCCCUUGUCGUUGUAUACGGACAGUUGUUAUUCAAAUAAUCGACACUAAAAUGCAGUCGGUGUCCGUACAAAUGUACAGGCAUGGGGAUUAGCAGGUAAUUGCUCGCUAAAAAAGUAAAACUGGCGGUAGAAGCGCCCCAUAGGGUAUAAUAGCCGUUUCUAGGUAGCGCUUGUGGUGAAUAGCGUAUUCAACACUGAAGAAUCGAAGGUAGACGGGGCUAACGAAAAGCACCGGGCUCGAGCUGAAGACAUCCUACCUAGCGCGCAGAAUAAAGCGGCUGAAGCUCUACGCGAGGUCUGGGGAUUACAUGGUGUGACAGGCCAACGCUAAUGUGCUCCAACACUCGAGGCACGGGAUGUACGAAGGCAAACACAUCCACUACUCGGAGCUGGACCACAAGCCACUGUGCUCCUACAGUCCCAAGCUGUGCAAGCAGCGACGCCUCAAUGGCUAUGCCUUCUGCAUACGCCACGUGCUGGAGGACAGGAGUGCUCCCUUCAGACAGUGCGAGUAUGUGGCCAAGUACAAUAGCCAGCGCUGCACCAACCCCAUCCCCAAAGCAGAGGAUCGCAGGUAUUGCAACAGCCACCUGCAAGUCAUGGGCGUCCUGCCCAAGAAGGAGCGCAAGAAGAGGCAUGACUCCUUGGAAUCUCUGGCCCUCAACAUUACUGUUCCCUCUCUGGCUCUGAAGACCUCCAAUGGGCUUGACCACCUACCCCCAUCUCCACCCCCGUCCUUACCCUCCUUGCUGUCGCUGGACCCCUUUGGCCUGUGUGGGGGUGAGCCCUUAGUCCAGAAGGAGACUUUGCUGCCGAAGAAACCACCUCAGGGCCGGCAGAACAACAACCCCAAACAGCGGCCGAUCCGAGAGGCCGAGCCAGUCAGGCAGUCUCCCCUGCCAGCCGCGCCCGGCCGCUCUUCCGUUCAUCUCCCUCAGCCAAUGAGCACGCAGCAAAAGCCGUUAGUCCCUCCCACAUCCAUGCCCAUCACAUCUUACUCAGUCGGACUUCAGCAGGGCUUAUGCAAGUCUGUACCACCUCAGACGCACACAAGUUCAGCUUCCUCAAAUCACAAACUAGAACCGGGCCCAAGGCCUGCUCCGAACAGGAAAUCAGCCCCCUCCACGUCUGCUCCUCUCCCCAAUAACACCAAUACCACCAUACCUGGGCGCCUGACGAUAACACCUGGGAGGCUAACGCGGCUGCACAGAGUCAUGGAGGAGCAGUCGACCAAACGCAGCGACUUACACCCACAUUUUGGGUUAGACUGGUCUGAGGACAGUGCAGCAGAGGAUGACGAUGAGGAGGUGGCGAGAGUUGCGUCCUAUCAGUACUGGAGGCUUCAGUCAAGACACUCAGAAGAGAGUGCUCAGGGUUGCAGCUCACGCAGUCAGCGUGUGGCGGGUCUGGCCUCGUACCUGCAGCAGAAGUACACGCACCUGCGGCGGGAGGAGAAGGCCCUGCGUCGCCACAGGAAGUCACAGCGGGCGCUGCGCGUAGCACUGGUGGAAGCAGCCACACAGGACCCCGGCCACACGGCAGAGUUUGUCCCCACGGUGAAUGCAAAGGCCUCAAGUAACAGGAUGUCAUGGAAGCAGGACUUUCAGGCAGGGCUCUGUACUGGCAGCACCAAGGACGAGACAUGUCGGAACCGGGCCCUGCCCUUCACACAGCACUGCUUCCAACACAUUCUGUCGAAUGGCUCUCAGCAGCUCUUCAACAGCUGUACGGCGCGCUUCGCCGAUGGCGCACAGUGUUCCAUUCCGGUCUUUGACAUCACGCACCAGACGCCACUCUGUGAUGAACACGCUAAGAAAAUGGAUAACUUCCUGCGUGGGGAUGUGAGUCGCCGCAUGUACCACCAGCAGCAACAACAGCAGAGGAAGCCCCUACGGAAGCCCAAGCCAGCUGCCCUGACCAAGAAGCACAAGAAGAAGGGCAAGAGGGGACCGCGGCGGCCCCAGAAACCCAUCCCCCCCGCGCUGCCCCAGGGCAACCUGGGAAUGCCCUCCGCACUUAGCGUCCCCCCACAGUCCUCCAGCAUCAGGAGCCCGUUGACCCCAGACCUAAGCACUGAUGAAUUCCCUGAUGACAUCCCCAAUGACAUCAAUGACAUUUCACAUGAAUUGGAGCUUAACCAGGAAGACUUCUCAGAUGUUCUUCCAAGGCUGCCAGAUGAUUUGCAAGACUUUGACUUGUUUGAAGCUGCAGGUAAGACCAGCGAGCUUCUGCCCACAUCAGAAGAGGCAGAUGAGCUGGUGCGCGUGCUACAGGCCAUGGGCUCCUACCCAGAAUCCCUUGCGUGCCUGAGCGGCAUGGGCGACCUGGGUCACCCGGAGGGUGUGGAAUCGCGGGCGCUGGCGGGCGGCGUGGUUGACCUCCUGAGCUCGCGCCUCUCCGCCGACACCUUCUCCAGCCUGGAGCUGGACCCCAGCCUCCUCCACCCGACGGACGACGGCUUCCCUCCGUCGCCGCUGUCCCCUCAGCACCCGCUCACGCCCCCGUCCUCAGUGCCCAACGCCACGGUCCUCUCCGACGGCACCUUCGCCCGCAGGCAGUCCUCGCACCUUGCAGCCGACGGGAGCGGCAGCAGUGGCUGCAACGGUGGUGGGGAAGGCGCCGCCUGUCACAUGGACUUGCACAGGCUGCAGGACCCCACCGCCGGCCCUUGGAGUGGCCUGCCUCUGAGCCUGGCCGACGGGCCUCCCUUUCACAGCCUGGUCGGCUCGGAGACACUCCUGCUGUCUACGGCGUUAUCCACCCCUCCGGCGUCUCUGCCUUCGGGCCCUUGCCAGCCUGCGGCUCCCCUCUCCGCCCUCCCCCAGAGCAGCCUGACCGCCACGCCUGCCCCCUCCGACCUCCUCUUCAUCUCCUCCUGCACCUCCUCUGUCUCCACCUCCGCCUCCCUGCCUCAGGACGUCCUCUGCUCCUCCACCCUCCUCAAGCAUCCCUCGCCCCAGCUGCUGAGCCACUGUGGGAUCCCCAACGACCUCCAGCCGCACCACAGCUCGCCGGCGCCCCCUAUGGACCAAGCGUGAAAAAAAACCGCGAAACCCUUCCUCCCUCAGUGCAUCAGCCCGAUCUUGGCCACAGUGAAAAGACCGUUAGUUACACCACACACACACACAGUAUUCAGGGAUCAUGUUACAGAUUAUAAGUGUCAGGGGUCUGUCUGGUAACUUUUCAUUUUUAGAUCAUCUCCUCGUUGGUUAGUAAAGUGUCUUUUUUGUCACAUGAAGUAUAUUAGUAUAUAUAUAUAUAUAUAUAUAUAUACACACACACACACACAAAAAGCAAUAAAGGCUUCCCUUCAGUAUAGUAGUUCCGUUUUGUUUUUGCUCAUAGGAAAUGGUGGACAACCUUGGAUUUUUUAGAAAUUAAACAUGCAUAUUUAUGAGUAUGAAUAUGAAUAGGUUAGUGGUCUGCACAUAUGGUUUUUAUCGACGAGUGAAAACGUGUGGUUAUCGGUGGAAAAUGUGACUAUUUAAAACAAACAAAAAAAAAAUAUGGAAUGUUUUUUUGUCAUCUGCGCAUUUGGUGGAGAAGGUAAUUUGCCCUCAGUUUUGUUUGAUGUCGAUAAAAAAUGGUUGUGGUUUGUGACUGAUGGUGUUGUUAACAUGCUUUUGGUUGCUGUAGAACUGUGUGGCUAGUGAGUGGCACGGAUAUUAGUCAGAUCCCUCUCAUGGCCCUUCUACGUAAAACAGCAUCUCCUGGAGUCCCACGUGAGAAACAGCCAAAACAUGCAUUGGCGUCAGUGUUCCCUGUGCGUGCCCUCAGCCUCUACCUAAUCCUGCUUUUAAGAUCAAGACAAGGAAGACUGAUGGCAUUUUUUUCCUCCCUCAGGGAUUCUGGAGGCCAAAUUUUGGGGAUUUUCUCAAAAACAGCUUGAGUGGUUUUAAAGGUAUAAGGUAGUUAAAGCUGCUUUUUGCCAACACACGUUAUAAUAGAUGACAAACAUGGAGGACGACUCAGAUAAAUCCUUUAAAAUUCCCUUGUAUUCAUUGAAUGUAUUGUUAUCAACAUCACAUGAAGCGUCUGAUAGUCUAACAAGCUUUUAUGAGUCCUUUUUAUGUGUUAAAGGUAUUUUUAUGUAUUCAAGAUGUUUACAUUUUUACUUAUAUUUUUUCUCUGAACAGAUAUUGUAAUAUGUGUGCAAUACACAUGUACUUUCUGUAUAGUGAGAGAAUUUAUCUUUUCAGUUUUGUUUUUCAAUGUGUGAAUUAAACUUGCUGUGACCAUG